AUGAUCACACAAAGUGCGUGUGGUGGAAAUGUCAACAACAAAGCUUAUGUCUUUGGCGGCACUACCGCUGAGAACUUGCUUGCCAGCAACGACAUGCACGCAGUCACGGUUGAGCAUACUGGGAAACCAGACAUGGAUUACGGACUAAUACCUGCAUUGCCUACCACUGAAGGCGGAGAAGUUCCUGUCUCACGAACCAACCAUACGGCGUGCGCCUUCCAUGGAAAUGUUGCCAUAUACGGUGGCAGCAAUGAUAAGAACGACCUCAUUGACGAGGCCUCGUCCUUGUGGUUGUUCAAUCCCGAGCGAAAGGCUUGGGACUUGCUAUCGUCGACCAAGACAGACAGUGCACCAGGUCCGCGACGAAAUGCAAAACUUUUCGAUCAUGAUGGAAGCAUAGUCCUUUACGGUGGUGUAGACGCGACUGGAGAUGCUGCAUCGGAUCUCUGGACUUUUGACGUUGCCUCCAAGGCCUGGACACAGCUACCUACCGCACCAGUGGCAACCACGAACGCAGCACUGGCGAAUGGUCAAUUGUACCUCAUCUCAGCGAAAGACUCCGUUAGUGGUCAACUACACCAUCUCGGGGUCUCAUCACCCAUCAAAGAGAUGACCUGGGACUCAUUCACGUUUCCGGCAAAUCCGCUGGCGCCUGGCCCCAGAGCCCGCCAUGACGGAGCUUUCCUCCCACUUACCACUGGCUGGGGACGGAAUUACAUGGUGUACUUACUCGGGGCAAGAGACGAAUCACUUUCCAGGACGGAGUCACUAAUGAUGGAUGAAGCAAAGGACAAGGAAAAUCUCACGCAAUUUAGCGACACUUGGGCUUUACAAAUUCCAUCAAGCGACGUAGACGCGAAACCUGCAUGGUCGUUGAAGAACGCCAUCAAGCCAGCAAAGAUCAAGGAUGCCAUUCGACAUGCAAUUGGCGCUGAGACCGGUCAUCUCGCUUGGGCCGAGGCCGUCGUACAGCUGCCAUCUGAAAAGCAACUGGGAGAAGAAGACGGUAAACUUCAUCCCGGACCAAGAGCAUUCUUUGGAGCGGAUGUUAUGGAAAACGGGCAUAGCGUAGUGUUCUGGGGUGGCGUGAAUGCAAAGGGGCAGAGGAUCGGUGAUGGGUGGAUUGUGAAGUUUUCUUAG